AAAGGGUAUUCGGCGAUUUCGGCGCGAUUUUUUCUCCGAGUGAUCUGGAUUACGAAAUGAAUGUUUUCAACUCUAAUCAGCUUUAAAAUGAAUGUUUGUGAUAGAAUAUUAGUAUUACUACUUAAAGGGCGAUAAACUGUAGUUGUGACUUAUGGUUUCGUGUUGUUUUACUUAAUUGUAUUAGGUACUUGCAGGCCUAGGGAAGUUGUAUGUUCAAUAAGGUAAUGUGGGUAGAUUGUUCGUGUAUACAAGUAUACAUAUCAAAUUAUCUGCAAUUUUACUGAAGUAAACAAAGCAUUCAAGAGCCCUAUGCACAAAUGGACCAACAAACAGACCUCCAUUAUGACUCCAACAUUAUCAACUGCGACGACAUACCCGACACUAUCUCAAUAACAUCCACUCCAGAAAAACAUAAAAAAUCUAAGAAAAAAUGUAAAAGGAAAAUUUAUAUUUACAACAUGGAUAACCUAUUAAUCACCAGGAAGUUAAAGAUUAAAAAGAAAAAGUGUAAAUGUGUUUUAAAUGUAAACACAUGUGAAGAGAGUUCAGGGUCUAUUGUGAGGUCUGCUUAUAACGUGUGUAAGAAGGAAGCUUAUUAUCAACGGAUUUUGCCGAUAUGUUUGAGAGAUAUGUGUUCUGAUAAUUCCAACUGUUGCAGGUCAACAUUGAGCAGAAAAUAUCGUAACCCGAACGAAAGUCUCUCCCCGGUAUCGUCUAUAGCCUUAACUGAUGUGUUACCAUGUAAUAACAUUUCGUACGAAGACGUGAGCAAUGGAAGCUUCUCGAGUGACUCUGAGGAAUUGGACACGCUCAUUAAACGCACUAAACAGCGAGAAAAACAAAUCGACCAUUUCUACCCAGCACGAGAGUACACCAGCACACCCAUGUCAAAAAUCGACUAUAUACCCACACCAAGUCCGUAUAGUAUCGAUACUGACAAAAAAUCAAUACACUCUGACACCACUAUGAUACUACAGCCACUUUCCGAAGCUUAUUCCCCAACUGCAUCUAUAGAUGCAAUACUUGAUGAUGUCAAUAAUGAUAUGAUUGAUAUUAAUCUACCUUACUCUCCUACAAUGACUCCUGAUUUAAUCAAAAUGGGGAAUAUGGAUUAUUCUCCAGUACGUAUUGAUGAUAAUGUGCCAUACUCUCCUACGUUUACUCCGGAAAGUAUAGAAAUAGAUUAUGAACCAAGUCACAUGAAUGCGCCAUCUAUAUUUUCACCUGUUUUAUUUAAAAUGGAAAAAGAUAACAUCACAACGAGCAACAAUCUUAAUGGAAACAAGGCAGACUCGCCUACAAUGACUGGAAUGGAAAAACCUAAAACUAAUAUAAAUGAUAGUUUUAAUAUGAAUGCAUGUGAAAACGUUAGAUAUUCCCCUAAUUCUCUUACUGUUACUCCAGAUUUCCACAAAUUUGCAGUUACCACACAAAUGGACAGUGAGAAUAAUCCAAAUGUAACGCAUUCUGUUACAACAAUGAUUAAACAAGAGAAUAUAAAUGUUGAAUUUACAAUUAAUAAUUAUACUAGGUCGCCAAAUUCUACUAUUUUGAGUAAGGAUUUAAUAAAAAGGGAGACUUGUGAAGAAUAUAAUGGUCACUACUGAUACUGUCAAUACAAUUCACUGUAAGAAUGAAAGGGCUGAUGAGAAAGGGAGACAGUCAAGCUGAUUCGAAUGAAAUAGUUGUUAAAAUUGAACAAGAGGAAUAUACGAAUGUUGUUUCGGACUCAGUUGUAUUUCAGAAUAAUGUUAACAUUAAAUCUGAAGACUAUUGAAGGUAGAAAGUUUAUGAAAACGUGGUUUUAGGUUUAAGUGUUUAGGUUCCAUGUUGCUAAGAAGUUGAUCCAAACACAUGACUUUUUAAUAUUCAGUACAUUUAAUAUUUAUUCGUUUUAUUACCUAAAAAUAAGUUUUUAGAUUCUAAAAUAUUACCAUGUGGCAUGAAUUCCUUCUUAGUUACCGCGGAUUAUAUCGGAUUAUAUUAAUGUAUAAAUAAUAUAUUUUUAAAAUAUAUUAUUACUAUGAUUUCAUCAUACCUGUUUAAAAAUAAGUUUUUUUUUUCUCGAAGCAUGAUUCUUGCUAGUUGAUUUAGAGAACGUGCCUAAACAAAUUAUGUCUCUUUAUUAAA